UUAACAAAAGACACACAGACUGAUAAGACUUGUCCCGGGAUGACUGUGUUCUGAAUGUUAAAACAUACUUUUCUGGGAACCUGUACAACCGAGACCUGGUGUGAGGAAUCACCUGUCCAGAUGAAGGCAGGAAGUGUGUGAAGGCAGCAGCAUGGAUCAGGGGGAGGACGAGACGGUUCCUCCGGAACAGAGGAGAGGACGAGGAGCUCAGAGCAGUCAGCUUCAAACACAUGACGAUGUGACGUCUGAGGACCAGGUUAACUCCAGGGAAGGGACGAUCUCCAGGAAUGACAGCUAUACUGAGGUAAAAUUCUGGUUGAAGGACACUUUGGAGGAUUUGGACUCCAGUGGGCUGGAGAAAUUCCAGUGGUACCUGGUGAAUGCAGAUGAAUCAAAGCAUGGUUUCAAACCAAUCAAACUGUGUUAUCUGGAGAAUGCGAACAGAUUGAAGACAGUAGAUCUGAUGGUGGAGAGGUUCUCCUCAAAGACCAGAGAGGUGGCCGAGAUGAUUUUAAAGAUGAUGAAAAGAGAUAAAGAAAAACCUCCAGUCUCUCCAGCUGUUGUAACAGAUACGUUAAAGUCUAAGCUGAAGGAGAAGUACAAGGAUGUGUCUGAGGGGAUUGCUAGAGCAGGAGAGACAAUCCUUCUGGAGCAGAUCUACACGGAGCUCUACAUCACAGAGGGAGGGACCGGAGAGGUCAACGAUGAACAUGAAGUCAGACAGAUUGAAGCAGCUUCCAGGAAACCAGACGGAGCAGAAACAGCCAUCAGACAGGAAGACAUCUUUAAACCCCCACCUGGAAGAGAUAAACGAAUCAGAAUGGUGAUGACGAAGGGAGUGGCCGGCAUCGGGAAAACAGUCCUAACACAGAAGUUCAGUCUGGACUGGGCUGAAGGCAGAACCAACCAGGACAUCCAGUUCCUGCUUCCAUUCACCUUCAGACAGCUGAAUGUGCUGAGAGAGGAGAAGUUCAGCUUGGUGGAACUAAUUCAUCGAUUCUUCACUGAAACCAAAGGAAUCUGCAACUUUGAAGAGUUCCAGGUCGUGUUCAUCUUUGACGGUCUGGAUGAGAGUCGACCUCCUCUGGACUUCUACAACUCUACAAUCCUCAGUGACCCCAGAAUGUCCACCUCAGUGGACGUGCUGCUGACAAACCUCAUCAGGGGGAACCUGCUUCCUUCUGCUCAUCUCUGGAUCACCACACGACCCGCAGCAGCCAAUCAGAUCCCUCCUGAGUGUGUCUCCAUGGUGACAGAGGUCAGAGGGUUCACUGACCCCCAGAAGGAGGAAUACUUCAGGAAGAGGUUCAGAGGAGAGGAGCAGACCAGCAGGAUCAUCUCCCACAUCAAGACAUCACGGAGCCUCCACAUCAUGUGCCACAUCCCAGUCUUCUGCUGGAUCACUGCUUCGGUCCUGGGGAAAGUCCUGGAAACCAGAAAGGGAGGGGAGCUGCCCAAGACCCUGACUGAGAUGUACAUCCACUUCCUGGUGGUCCAGGCCAAACUGAAGAAGGUCAAGUUUGACGGAGGAGCUGGGACGGAUCCACACUGGAGUCCAGAGAGCAGGGAGAUGGUGGAGUCUCUGGGAAAACUGGCUUUUGAGCAGCUGCAGAAAGGAAACCUGAUCUUCUAUGAACGAGACCUGAGAGAGUGUGGCAUCAAUGUCACAGAGGCUUCAGUGUACUCAGGAGUGUUCACCCAGAUCUUUAGAGAGGAGAGCAACAUGUACCAGGACCAGGUCUUCUGCUUCAUCCAUCUGAGUGUCCAGGAGUUUCUGGCUGCUCUUCAUGUCCAUCAGACCUUCAUCAACUCUGGAGUCAACCUGCUGGAGGAACAGAGAAACACAGAGACUGACCUCUACCAGAGUGCUGUGGACAAGGCCUUACAGAGUCCGAACGGACACCUGGACUUGUUCCUCCGCUUCCUCCUGGGUCUUUCACUGCAGACCAAUCAGAACCUCCUACGAGAAGAAGAUCUGGAGGAGUUUAACCUGACGAAGUUCCGAGCUUCAGAGGGGGCUCUACGGUGGCUGCUGCCGGUGGUCAAAGCGUCCAAGAAAGCUAAGUAA